AGUAUUUUAGUGUUCUGUGACAGCUCAUUUUAAGGGUUAUGUUUGGUUGCGUUUGUUUUAGUUCAGAAACACUAAAUUAUUAAAAUUUUAACAAAACCAAGAAUUAUAAAACUAUAAUUGAAACAAAAAGACCAAACAAGCAAAUGUAAAAUGGUUAGGGGACGUGAUAGAAGUAGGAGUAGAUCUCCUGAUCGAAAACGUAGGAGAUCAAGAUCCAGAAGUAAAGACAGGGCCAAAUCAAGUCGGUAUAGAAGGAGCAGAUCAAGGGAUAGGGAACGAAAUGACAGACGAAGUAGAAGUCGAGAUAGAAGAAGUAGAUCAAGAGAGAGACGGGAAAGAGAACGACGCUCUUAUAGUAGAGAUAGAGAUCGUAGAAGAGGAGAUAGCAGAGAUAGGAAAAGAAGGAGGGAGAAAACUCGCAGUCGAUCCCCUGAAAAAAAACCUAAAGUAGAUGAAUCAGGGUUAUCAUUUGAUCCAACAAAUUUGGACAAAGAGGAAGAGCAGAAAAAAUUGGAAUUGGAAAUGCAAAAACGUAGGGAAAGAAUAGAAAGAUGGAGGGCUGAAAGGAAAAAGAAAGAACAAGAAGCUACGAAAAAAGAGGCACAAAAAGGAACUUUAGUAUCUAAUUUGACAAUACCUCAAGGUACAACUAAAAAGUGGUCUCUUGAAGAUGAUUCUGAGGAUGAAGAUAAGGUGGAUAAAAACGAAAAGGAAGAAAAUGAGGAAGAGAAAGAAAAAGAUGAGGAGGAACCAGAAAAGGUACCUGAAGCCCCUGCAGAAGAUGAAGUUGAUCCUCUAGAUGAGUAUAUGAAAGAGGUCCAGGCUGAAGUACGCAGUAUAAAUCGUUUACAUGUCAAAAAACCAGAAAAAUCAGAUGCUAACACUACCAAAAAAGGUAAUCUGGUCAUAGUUACGGGUAUAGCAAAAUCGAAAGUAGACACAAGGAAAGGAGAGCUGGUCGAGCAAAAUCAAGAUGGCCUUGAAUACUCAUCAGAAGAAGAACAGGAAGAUUUGAAAGAUACCGCAGCCAACAUAGCCAAUAAACAAAGAAAGGACCUGGCCAAAAUUGACCACAAUAAUAUAAUCUAUAUUCCCUUUAGGAAGAACUUUUAUGUUGAAGUACCGGAAAUAAGCAAGAUGACUUCACAAGAAGUUGAUGCCUACAAGGAAGAAUUAGAAGGAAUUAGAGUAAAAGGAAAAGGAUGUCCAAAACCAAUAAAAACAUGGGCCCAGUGUGGAGUAUCGACCAAAGAGCUGAACAUAUUAAGGAAACUCGGCUAUGAGAAGCCUACACCAAUUCAGGUCCAGGCAAUACCAGCCAUAAUGUCUGGAAGGGACCUUAUCGGUAUAGCAAAAACAGGAAGCGGUAAAACCCUUGCCUUCCUACUUCCGAUGUUCAGGCAUAUAUUGGAUCAGCCCCCUUUGGAGGAAACCGACGGCCCCAUAGCUAUAAUUAUGACACCUACCAGAGAGCUAUGCAUGCAGAUCGGCAAAGACAUAAAGAAGUUCACGAAAAGUUUGAACUUGCAUGCGGUGUGCGUCUAUGGGGGCACCGGUAUUUCGGAACAGAUUGCAGAACUUAAGAGGGGUGCGGAAAUCAUCGUUUGCACGCCUGGUAGGAUGAUCGAUAUGUUGGCAGCCAAUAGUGGGAAAGUUACAAACCUAAGGAGGGUAACUUAUAUCGUUUUGGAUGAGGCUGACAGAAUGUUCGACAUGGGUUUCGAGCCCCAGGUGAUGCGAAUAAUAGACAAUGUUCGACCGGAUAGGCAGACCGUAAUGUUUAGUGCCACGUUUCCCCGUCAGAUGGAGGCCCUGGCCCGUAGGAUUCUGCAGAAACCAAUAGAGGUGCAGGUGGGAGGUCGAUCCGUGGUUUGUAAGGACGUAGAGCAGAACGUGGUCAUUAUAGAGGAGGAUCAGAAGUUCCUCAAGCUCUUGGAACUGCUGGGAUUGUAUCAAGAGCAUGGAAGCAUAAUCGUGUUUGUCGACAAACAGGAGAAUGCAGAUAUUCUAUUGAAGGAGCUUAUGAAAAUGGCAUAUAACUGUUUGAGCUUGCAUGGUGGCAUUGACCAGUUUGACAGGGAUUCUACAAUCAUCGAUUUCAAGUCAGGUAAAGUGAAGCUCCUCAUCGCAACAUCGGUGGCUGCUAGGGGACUGGACGUUAAACAACUGAUCCUCGUAAUCAACUACGAUUGUCCAAACCACUACGAAGACUACGUUCAUCGAUGUGGAAGGACAGGUAGGGCAGGUAACAAAGGAUUCGCCUACACCUUCAUAACCCCCGAACAGUCUAGGUAUGCCGGAGACAUAAUAAGAGCUUUCGAGUUGGCUUCGGUUACCGUUCCUGAACAGCUUAGAACCCUUUGGGAAUCGUACAAGAGCAAGCAGGAAGCAGAGGGUAAAAAGGUCCAUACUGGUGGUGGUUUCAGUGGUAAAGGUUUCAAGUUCGACGAAAACGAGGCGGCAGCUGUGAAUGAGAAAAAGAAGUUCCAGAAAGCAGCCCUCGGUUUGGUCGACUCUGAUGACGAGGACUUGGAACACGAUAUAGACCAACAGAUAGAGAGCAUGUUUGCUACAAAACGAACAGUGAAGGAGAUUAAGGCUCCAUUGGGCAUAGUCAACCCAGCAUUGGCUGGAGUGAGCACAGCAGUCGAUAAGCUGGAGCUGGCCAAGAGAUUGGCCUCGAAGAUCAACUUCACCAAAACUGUUCCCAUGGAUGCCAAAUUCGCGACUCAAGAAGCAGCAGCCUCGAUACUCAAAGGAAGUAGUAACGCCUUAUCGAUAACGGCUAAGACUGUAGCUGAGCAGUUAGCGGCCAAGCUCAACACCAAAUUGAACUAUCAACCGAAGGAUGACGAUGAGCGCGAUGCAGAAGAUUCCGAGCAAACCUUCAGGAAGUACGAGGAAGAGUUGGAGAUCAAUGAUUUCCCACAACAAGCCCGAUGGAGGGUAACUUCCAAGGAGGCCCUAGCACAAAUUUCCGAAUAUUCGGAAGCAGGCAUCACAGUUCGUGGUACUUAUGUUCCUAACGGAAAACAACCACCGGAAGGAGAGAGAAAGCUGUACUUAGCAAUCGAAAGUACCUCAGAUAUGGCAGUGGCCAAAGCGAAAUCUGAAAUAACACGUCUCAUCAAAGAAGAACUGCUCAAAUUGCAAACAUCUGGACACCACAGUUUCAACAAGGCUAGAUACAAGGUUAUUUAGUAGAAACUGGAAGUUUGAGGAGAACUUUAUUACAAAGCCGCUUGAAUAUUUUGUAAGGAAUUUUAAACCGUUGAUUGGCUGUUUUAUUGUAGUUUUGAGGACAUGAAUUUAAUAGUGUAUAUAUGAUGUAUUGAACUGAUUAUUUCUAUGAAGAAAGACACAAUAAACAAAUAUCAAGUAAACAUUGAAUUUUAUUUCAGAAUUAUUAAAUGUGAUGAGAUAGUGAAAAUUGACAAACAAGAUCAUUUUCAAAGAAUUUAAUUGAUUGAGAGACAUGGUCUACAUAGAGUAAAUUACAUAUAGGAGUAUUAAUCUUUUGAGAUAUUCAAAAUGUGUAAGAUAAAAUACUAUUAAACAAUAAACAAAAAUAUGUCACCAAAAUGUUAUAAAUAAAAGAAAAAAAAAACAAAUUUUACACUAAGGUUCAUUAUUUUCUUCUACCUCAUGUCAUGUCCAAAUCAUUACAAAAAUGAAUUUAUAAAAAAAAAUUUUAAUCCCCAAGACUUGAACCUGAUAUUGAAUGAUCUCUCAGUUUUUUAGGUCAAAUACUUCCAACAAAUAGUCAUAAACUAUUGAUAUUCAUUUAUUUUUUCAUUAUUUAAGUAUGUUGCAAUUUAUUGGCAAUAAGUUCAUAUUUGAUAAGAUAAAGUGCAUAAACGAAGUAUUUUAUCAUCAAAUAUUUAAGAAGAAUUGCAUAGCUCUGCUGAAUGAAGGUCGAGAUGUAUUUCUGGUGUUUGUUUGCCAUUUUGAGUUUUUCCACACUUAUUUGCGCAGAAAAAGGAGAAAAAACCGAAAAAUAUGCUGUUGCUGACAAGGAAUUCCUUAGAAAAUACAAACUCGUACUUCAACUCUUCGACCACAUAAACCAGCCAAGCCACCAUAAAAAAAUCCAAAAAACUGCAACCAAAUUUGAAUUGGAUAAGUAUCUUAAAGAACUUGAG